UCAGCCUCCACCGGAGAGGACAAGCUGCUCUGACACUUUGAGCUUACUUUUGUCUUUGAUAAGACAUCAACAUGUCGGAGACUGCUCCAGUUGCUCCUACCACUCCAGCACCCGCGGAAAAAGCACCUGUGAAGAAGAAGGUGAAGAAAGCAGGCGCAGCGGCUGGAAAACGCAAGGCAUCGGGACCCCCAGUGUCUGAGCUCAUCACCAAGGCAGUGGCAGCUUCCAAGGAGCGCAGCGGCGUUUCUCUGGCCGCGCUUAAAAAAGCGCUUGCGGCUGCCGGAUACGAUGUAGAGAAAAACAACAGCCGCAUCAAGCUUGGCCUCAAAAGCUUGGUGAGCAAAGGCACUCUGGUGCAGACUAAAGGCACCGGUGCUUCUGGCUCCUUCAAACUCAACAAGAAGGCGGUUUCCGGGGAAGCUAAGCCUAAAGCUAAGAAGGCGGGCGCCGCCAAGCCUAAAAAGCCCGCAGGGGCAGCCAAGAAACCCAAGAAGGCGACUGGUGCGGUUACCCCCAAGAAAAGCGUAAAGAAGACCCCUAAGAAAGCAAAAAAGGGGGCAACAGCUGCUGGGACCAAGAAAGUAGCCAAGAGUGCGAAAAAGGUGAAAGCAUCCCAGCCGAAGAAAGCUGCCAAGAGUCCGGCCAAGGCCAAAGUUCCUAAGCCCAAGGCAGCCAAGCCUAAAGCGGCGAAGCCGAAGGUUACAAAGGCGAAGAAGGCGGCUCCGAAGAAAAAGUGAAACUCGCGGGACGUUCCUCUUUGAAAAUUUAAACGGCUCUUUUCAGA